AUGAAUGUCUCAAUUGUAUCAAUAGCUGAUAAAACUCAAUAUUUCACUUUUGUGCACACGCUUGCUUCUCCGUAUGCACAAAUGUCGAUUCAGGCGAACAUUAAUGAAAAAACAUCGAAUUGUUUAAUGAGACUUUACUCAUAUGGAAUGCCGAGUGAUGAGGGAUCGGAAAAGUAUUUGCUUUAUACUUUCAAGUAUUUCGAUUCGUAUUUAAAUACUCGCUUUGUUGAUAGCGCUGUUUUGAGUUUUGCGGCCACGAUUGAAGUACCGCCAGGAUGUUUGGGAACAAUUUUCGCUUCGAAAUUAAAUGAUUUUAACUUUAACACUGUCUCCUUGAAAACGCUCGUAAAUGAGGGUUUUUUGAUGAGUCAAGGGUAUCCGCGGCCAUUGUUAUAUCCGAAAAACUUUGAGAAAGGCCGACCAAUUCAAGUCACUUAUCAAGUAGAUGACUUUUUGAAAAUGCGAGACUCUACAGUUUUCACUAACGAUUUGGUGUCGUUACAGCUUGGUUCAUCGGGUGGCUUUUUUCAAAUCACGAUCGGAGUUAACCAAUUUAACACAACAGAUAAUGGGAAUCACUUGGGAUUUAAUGGAGAAGGUGGGCGAAUGCAGGUUCUCUACACGAGCAAAGCCAAUGAUGGAGCGUUUUUGUUGAGAUUUGUUGCGAGCACACCAUCAGCAGUUGAAUCAACUGAAAUCAUAUCGACAACGAGUACAACAAAGAUUAAGUUUGAUAAAGAGAUU